AUGACAUCAAUUGUAGCAGCUUACAGUCCUAUUGACCAAGCAGACGCAUUAGCGAAAAAGCCCAAGCCGUUAUUGAAAUUAUUUCGCAAAAAUAAACCUGAGCCUUUGAUCCACCCUCAGCAAUAUCAUCAGUUAGGGUCUGGUUCAUCUGCAGUCAUUCCUGCAAAUUCUAUGCUGAACGAUACGCAUUUUAACCCUUAUUCACAUUCAACGCAUGCGAGUAUUGUGCCUCUCCCUCUUAACACAACGGCACCCAAUAAUACACAUCACAUCCUCAGAAAGGCGCCAUUACCGCCACAACAUUAUUACCCUAGCUCUAAUAAUGAACAACCACGGCUAGCGAAACGGCAAGUGAAUCAGCAUGGAAAGAGCAGUAGCAGGAGUGCUAAUCGGGGUAGAUCAAAAUCAGUAAAUCGUGAUCCAAAUUGUUCAACAACGCGGCUACUGGAAGAGAGAGAACAAGCACUGAAUAAAUUAUGUGGCAAUUCACCCUUGACUUCAUUGACCGAUUCUUUACCAUUACUUUCACCCUCUUAUAGCAGUAGUAGCAGCGGCAGCAGUAAAAGCAAACCAUUCAAACCUGCAUUUUCAGCUUCUGCUUCAACGAAUCAGCGAAAUGCCCAAGUACCGUCUGUACCACGCUUAGGCAUGAGCAGCAAUAACAAUGGCCACAGUAACGGGAUACGAAAAUUCGCUUCUGCACAUGAUUUAAGGAAAGCCACCAGACUUCAACAAGAUGAAUUACGAAGAAGAGCGCAAGAAGAGCCGUUGCCUUCAAUUUCUCACAAGUUCAAUAUAUCAUCAGAAAAGGCACGGCUCGAACGAACGUCCGCGAAGAAAUUCAAAAAGAAUAACGGAGGCACAUAUAACGACGAUAAUAUUCCAAUAGGCUUUUUAAAACCAUCAUCUGCCAGUCAAGAAUCAACACCAUCGUCGCCUUUUAAUGGCAUUCUUAAUAAAGAAAAAGAAGUAGGCUUAGAUGACCGCGAUUUUCAUAAGGCUGUUGCUGAUAAAUACAAAGAAAAAGUGAAGGAGCAAUUGCAAACUCGACAUAUAGAGAAUGAUGAUGAUGACAUACCUAUAUCAUUUCUUACUUUAAAGCAUAGUAUCAGUAUCAACAACUAA